GUCGACGAAAAUAGCAACUCAAAAUAUAGUCAAACAAGUAAAUCAAGAUGUCAAACUCAACUCACCGUAAAUCUUGAAACAAUAAAUGACGUCACUUGUGCUUGGGUCAUAGUGUCAAAUCAAGAGUCACCAUCGGUUUCUUAGAGUUGUGUUCUUGUGACGUCACAAAGAUGUCAUUUGUAAAGUUAUUCAUCACAGAUUGGAUAUAUAAGAGAAGUCUAAUGACGGUGGAUCUCAUAAGAGUUUUUAAGCGUUAGGUCUGUUCACAAAGGCCUAUAAGUUUUGUUAACAUAAUAGUAUCUUAGUUUAUAUUAAUCAAGUAGGAAAAAGAUUUAUUGAGAAGAUUAUUUUGUUCGUCAAAAAAAGCAAGAAAAGGAGAUUUUAGAUUAAGGCGAAGAAAUGGACGAUCAGUUAGCAAAAUCACUGGAGUGUAACAUUUGUCUCGAUCAGUUAUCUGAACCCAAAGAUUUGGUAUGUCAUCAUACAUUCUGCAAGGAAUGCCUUGAUAAUUUAAUCCAGUUCAACAGUGAUGGUACGGCAGUAAUACAAUGUCCAUAUAAAUGCGAGGAUGUUACUCUACUACCAGAGGACUGGACUACUGAGAGUUUGCCGACCAAUUAUGUUUUGCAAUCCGUUCUUGAUGUGGUUCAAACGAAAUCUCGAGUGUUCCAGUUCUUAACUUGUUGCCACCAACCCGCCUGCACAAGAAGCAUCACCCGAUAUUGCACAAUGUGUAAUUUCAGGACCUGUCAAAUAUGUUGGACGUCUCAUUUAUGCGCAAAUAAAACAUACGUAUCCAUGCGAUUCAUCAACAGAACUGAUAAAAUUGAACCGUUCUGCGAAUUACACACCUCAAGAGCGACAUACAUUUGCAAGAACUGCAAAUAUUCAUUUAUUUGCGCAUAUUGCAGAGCUCGAGUUCAUCGCCGACAUGAUGUUAGUUUACUUGAAGAACAAGCUGCCCGUAGCAGGAAAUGGCUGUAUACAAAAAUUGGCAGGGCCGAGGAGAGUUACUUGUUAUCAAAAACUUUACAAAGAAAAUGUAAACAAACACUUCGCGAAAUUAGAAGUUGCCGAGAUUCUCUAUUGUUCGAGUUAAAAAAGAGGGCAGCGGGUGAAUUAGCCGAGUCUUACGAGAUGUUGGAGAACGAGGCUAAUAAAAUAUUGUCUAAAUUUAAUGAGAGCGUGGAACUUUUUAUAAGGCAAAUCUCCUCCACAGGCCUUUUCUUGAAGUCAAAAGCAAAACAGGAAAAUCUGAUUCGUAAUUAUUCAGUAUCAGUGUUGGAGAGUAAAGAAGAUUUUGAAAUAAUUUCCACGAUACCCAAAAUAAAAUCCGGCUUAAGAAAUCAUUGCAUCGACGUUAUUGACUUUCCUAAAUUGUUCAUGGUGUUCAAGCAACGAUUUAACAAAAGCCCUUUCCCACAGAGUAUAUUUGGAGAAUUAAGUGUUGAUUUUGCAACCACUAACUCAAAGGACAUCUGCUGGAACAAUGCAAGUAUAUUUGAAUUUGAAAUCAAAAUGGAUGAAGUGUUGAGCUCUCAUAAGCAUAUCACAAAAGACACCUUCAACACUAGUGCGAUAACAUUUGAAUGGUUAAAUACAAAGAACGAAUCACAGUUUGAUAACGCUAUUGACGACGACGAAGAAGAAGAGAACCAGAAGGUUUACAGUUUCGCAGAGGUGAGUGAGAUGGUGCAGAAUGACGACUUAGAGUCACUUCACUCCGUGCUAAGCUCCCAACCAGAUAUGUUGUAUGCCAAAAACAGUUCUAAUCAAACACUCCUUCACAGGGCUGCUUAUUGCGGAAAUGGAAAAGCCUUAAAGCUUUUAUUAAAUAAAGACAGCAGGAAUAUCAACGAGCAAAAUGUUCUGCAAUAUACUCCGUUGAUGUAUGCUUCAAAUAAUGGUCAUAAGUCUUGUGUGCGUGUGUUGUUAAAGUAUGGCGCGAAGCCAGAGAUUGAAGAGUUGUAUGGGAAAACAGCAUAUUAUAUUGCUAAGAACAGUGAUAUUAGAAGGCUUAUCAAACGAAGCACUCAGAAAAGAGACAAAAGAGAAAAAUCAUGGAGAAAAAAAGUAUUUAGAAGUUCCAAAGUUAAUUUACUCGCUUAUUAAAACGUCAAUAUUAAUACAGGAUAUUAUAUUUCUAAGAAGAGAAGAAUUUUCUAAAUUUAUAUGAAGUCACUAUAUAUGGAAAUAUAUAACUAGAUAUGAGAUUAUUAUACGACAUUAUUAACGCAAAUUUUUAUGUCCAAACUCUCAUAAACAUAUAUACACUCUAAUCAGUCACGUUUACCGUUUCGACAUGAAAAAGCAUCGCUAAUAGGUCAAAAUUCAAGAUACAUGCUUGAAUACGUGUAAACAUAAUUUUAUAUACUUUUACAGGAAAUGCGUAUUUCCAACAAUAAAGUCAGGAACCUAAAACGUUUUCCCGUGUCUUAGAUUAGACUCACGUAGAAAAAUAAAAAAAAAAACUUGUUCAGAAAUUUAAAUUACAAACAGACAUGCCUAAUCAAAACGAUCACUCAGAAGAUGUCAACCUGUAAGUGGGAAAUUUGACGAGGGCUGAAGGCAUUGUGAUACAAUCAUCAAACCUUCAGAGGAAAUAAGAAUGGUUAUUUAUUAUUUCUUUUUUCGAAAUCUUGAAUUCUUGCCUCUGUGCUACUGCUGAUCACUAUCCGCUUAAAACAGUGUCCGGUUGUUACUCCUAGUUAUUUUUAACAAUGUUGGGAUCGAACUUGAAACAAAACUGUUUGAUGUUCUAUUAAAAAACGUCACAAAAAAAGAACAAUUAAAUAUGAAUGGUUUCGUGGAACAAGCUGUAUUAAAAGCAAGAAACGUCUCACUGGCAAUUAUUGUACUAAACUUAAUCACCUAUGCGGAUGUGCAUUUCACUGGAUCUUUACAAAAAAACAUUACGUAACCCUUCAGCGGACCGUUUGUUUUUAUACAAGAAGAAGAAUGUUGCGACGUGUAUUGACUGUCUCUUGAUACAUUUGGAAAUAUGAUGUGAAGUUGAAAUAACACCAGAGAAUCCUGCUGAUUUAUUUAGCUAAAUUUUGAAGUAAUGAAACGAUAUAUAUGUAAUACAGCUAUAUUUUUACAUCGUAUAUAGCUAUAAACAAGUUUUGGUUUACAUCUUUUUUGCACUUGCUAGGCAUUCUCCGGGUCGGAA